AUGGAUAAAUCUUUCGCUCGGGGUAGUGCUCUACCGACAUUGAGGGGUAGCGUUGAACACUCUGUGUCCUCGCCGCAUACGUUUUAUCUAACUAUUUGGUGGCACGCCGACGAUGACAAAUACUCCUGGCUCCUCCAGGGUCUUGCAACCUCCGACAAGAUUGCCGGUCCCUAUACCUUCGUGGAUGCUACCUCUCCCUUGGGGAAUUGGUCACAAGAUUUUGGCGCAUUUACCGAUUACAAGUCGGGCCACUCGUACGCCCUCUAUUCAAACGGUGAUAGCGUCGAGGGCCGUGACGUCUACCUCAGCAAAUUCAACAGGAACCUCACAGCUGUUGAGGAGGUUACUUACCGCUUCCCCAAGUAUGACUUUGAGGCGCCCACUAUACUGCAAACGGAGAAGAACUACUAUGCACUUAUGAGUCAUAAGACGGAGUACCGGCCGAAUAAUGUGGUCGCACUUCGCGCAGACAAGCUUCAGGGCCCCUGGUCCCAGCCAUUCUUUGUUUCCCCAGCAUAUACGCGUACAUUCAGUACACAGUCUGGGUUUUCGUGGAGGAUCCAGGGGACUAAGAAGACAACGUACUUAUAUAUAGCAGAUCAAUGGGACAUGAACUCGCUCUGGGAGAGUCGCAAUAUAUGGCUUCCCGUUGAGAUCGAUGAUGAUGAAGGUAGCCUGCAAGUCGUCUGGCAUGACAUCUACGAUCUAAACGUCAAAACUGGAGAAUGGAAGCCCAUCAAGGGAGAGACAUAUAUCACGAAACAUGCAAAGACUUCCGGAGAUGCGUACCUGCAGGAGGCAACAUUCGCUAGCCAAAACCGAAUUGCGACAGGCAUCUACGGCAAUGACAGCACAAUCACCUUCACUGUGCAAGGCCAAGGCCAAGACCAAUGGGUAUCCUUUUACCACCAAAACAUUGACGACAUGGGUUUCGGCGAUCAACCAAUGGGCCAACCAGACCGCAUAAAUGGCACCUGGCAACUGCGUCGGAUCAGCGGCGUCGUAGUGAAUGAUGACAGGGAGAACGUACACACGCUGUACCAGAAGGAUACCCACAAGGGUGCUAUUCUCUCCACGCCGCUUUUGCUGCCGCUCAAGAAAGGGGAAAAUACGAUUACUGUGGGCGGGUUGUGGAAUGGGUUUGAUUUCAAGGGGGCAGACUUGGAUCGCAUUGUUGUUUAUCCGCCGGAAGGGGGGAAGAAGAGGUCUUUUUGGUAA